AUUAAUGAUACUGAAUGUGACGAGGCGCCCUAAUUCAUGAGAUAACUUUGUUUUUGUACACUGAUAUUCAAACGGAAAAUUGAAAUAGUGUAUUGGCUGGCAUAGACAUAUGAUACCGUCAAAGAACAGAGAUCAUUCGAAGAAUAACUCCAUGCCUGAAUGAAGAACAAAAGUAGACAUACGCUAGGCCUAGUGACUACUGCAAACAAUGACGUAUAACAGCAGUCAUCCAUUGAAAAUACCAGUUCUUCUUAUCACUGAAAGUGCUGUACGCGAUAUUUUGAAAGACACCAGACGACAAUCAAAUCUGAAUAAAUGCGUCAACGAACUUCUUAACUGCUAUUCUGGCUCAUCGUUGUCUAGUGGUAACGGAGAUAUAGAUUUUGACAAUCCAGUGUACCAAGCAUGUUAUGUGUUUCUUUAUUUCCCUGUAUUGUGCUACAGCACAUUCUAUGGUUUGCUAGAGUGUUACAAUCAAGGUGAUUUUGGAAACCUGUUGAAAAGGGCCGAAAUAGACAACUGUCUAAAGGUGUGUGCAUUGGGUGGUGGCCCAGGAACAGACUUAUUCGGUGUCAGAAUGUUCUUAAACGAUAUCGGAUAUAAAAGCUUGCCCAUUAAAGCGAUUGUUCUCGACAAACACGAAAGAUGGAGUUUUGCAUUCCGGUGUUUAAUAUCUAAACUUCGUAAUCCAUCGAGAUUAUCUGCCGAGUAUUUUCGUUUAGACGCCAACUGCCAGAGUAAUUUAACCGUUCAUUUAAAUUCUAUAUUAGCCAACGCCGAUCUAAUUACAUGUAGUAAGUUUGUAUCAGCUGUGAAAGCGCUACCCAACUCAAAAAGAGUGAUUGUAAAAACGCUAAAACGGGCUAAGCCUGGUGCGUACAUAUUCUAUGUAGAUAAUUCGAAAGGAGGUAACACAAAAUACUUUCGCUCGGUUGCACAGCUUGCAAACUACACUGAAGUUUCUUGUUUCGAACGAGGUGAAGAUAAUCCAUUUCGGCUUCCCAGCACAGAGUAUUCAAGCAUUCUAAGAGAUCUAUCUAGCAGCACCUGGUUCGACUUAAAUUCACAACGAAACCUUCGAAUUACUUUCAUGCUGUGGAGAAAGAAUGGUCAGGUUACACAAUCAAACUCUAAUAAUGAACAACUUAAUCAGUCUAACAAAACAACAGCAACUUCACAAAAAACAAGUUAUGCAGGUGCUGUACAGAAUACAAUAUCAGUGCCUUAUCGUAAUAACUUCGAAGAGUCAAAAACUCGAAUGCAGACGGCAAGCAAUCAUAAUGUUUCUCGACAACAUGUUUGGUCACAACAUGGGUCAGGUUCAUCUGAAAACUUUACACAAUCAAACUCUAAUAAUGAGCAACUUAAUCAGUCUAACAAAACAACAGUAACUUCACCAAAAACAAGUUAUGCAGGUGCAGUACAGAAUACAAUAUCAGUGCCUUAUCGUAAUAACUUAGAAGAGUCAAAAACCCGAAUGCAGACGGCAAGCAAUCAUAAUGUUUCUCGACAACAUGUUUGGUCACAACAUGGGUCAGGUUCAUCUAAAAAUGUUAUCCUGACGAGUGGUCGUACAAAUGGAGUACUGACAUAUGCACAGACUUCUCAAACACCCGCGCGAACGGUAAAUCAACCGUAUCACAACAGUUUUUUCAAUGACCGACCGGAUAACCCACUGCGAAAUUCUGAUAGUUUAGAAGCCUCACAAUCCAGUUCAAGUACAUCAUCAGUUAAGAGAGGCCUAUGCCAAUGUUGUAUCUUGCUAUAAAUGUGACUCUUUCAUAACGUAAAAUGUUUGCAUGGACAGAUGUCGUAGUAGAUUAUGUCAACAAAUACAAUAUACAAAAAUACACAACUAUUAAUGGGGCACCUUCGUGACCAAUGAACAUAUUCACUUGACGUUUUGAGAACAAAAUAUAGUAAAAUUUCUCCAUUAUUACGAAUUACGUAUAUUAUGGGUUUUUGGCAUGCAGUCAUAAAAAUUAAAACAAAUAUAGUAUGAUAGGUUCUUUAUUCAUUAAUUUUGUUGACCUACAGACAAGUAACAAUUUAUCUUUGAACCCAAGUUAAUUACAUUUGAUAUAAAAUCAACAUGAAUAUAAUUUAAAGACAGGAAUUGUGUAUAUUGUUUGAUGAUUCUCAACAUAUUAUACUGUUAUUUUUCAAUCUCUCUAUUGCCUUGGGAGAGGUCCCUUCUAAAUCGAAGUGGGUAAAAUUAUUCCAUUUAACAAACUUGGGGCCAAAUAUAACUAUUAACUAUUAUAGAUAUAUUUCCAUUCUAUCUACAUUAAUGAAAUUCGUUGAACGAAUUAUACAUUCAUUUUCAUUCUUACCUUCUCAGAAAAAAAUCAUCUUCUUUCCACACAUCAGGUUAGUUCCCGUCCAUUACACAGCACUGCUACUAAUUUUCUUCAGUGGUUUUAUUCUAAAUAAUACUGAUAAUGGGAUGUAACUACCGUAUUCUACCAAAUCCAGUUCUGAAUCUGGUGGAAGAACAUUUUGUUUUAAGGUACUCAAAUUUGAAAUGCGGAGUGGGGAUUUGUUAAAUUUUUUUUUCAUCAUUCUGAUAUUUUAAUGUUUUUUUAUAUCUAUAUAUUUUGUGUUGACAUUCAUGUUAUAUUUAAUGUUUUAUACGUACUGGACCCUCUGCGAGAACAGUAACAUUUUACUGAAGAGUUAACCUAGUAUAAAGAACAAAAAUAGAUAAAUAUUCGAUUUCAUUAUCUUUUUUUUUAUUUCAUGUUACAAAACCACUUUUAUUUGCCAUAAAUACAUAAAACAAAUCAUAAAAAAAUAAG